AUGCCAGAGAUCAAGAAACAUGUUGGAAUGCAAGAGAUUUGUGACUUUCCUACCCUAGUGAAUAAGAGUAGGAUUUAUGAUGAGGAUAGUCGUGCUGAAAAGGCACAUUACCGAAACACUGGAACCAAGAAGGACAAGAGGCCUAUGCAUCAUAAUAGAGGAAAACCAUACUCUUUUCCUCCUAAUAAAUAUGGAAGUCGUCUGAAUUAUCAACAGUACAGUUUUUCAGCUGGAAAAGGAGCUAGUAGUGGUAAUGGAAAAGGAAAUGGAAACAGUUAUAAUUAUGGGAGUGGUAGAGGAAACCCCAAUGGACGAGGAGUUAGUAACGAAAAUAGUAACAUGAGUCAAGUCUCGCACAACAACCAUGGUUAUAAUGGUGAUCCAGCUACUCCUAUCCGAUGUCACAGGUGUGGUAAGCAGGGUCACAUGGCAUACGAAUGUAGAGAUGCUGGAGUUACUUGUUUUAAUUGUCAACAAGGCCACAUUAGCACCACAUGCCCCUACCCAAGGAAGACUCCACAGCCUGGAAACCAGAGUUCCCAAGCCAGCCGACCUAAAUCUAAUGGAAGAGUCUUUGCCCUCAGUGGUGCAAGAGCGUCUGAGAAAGACAACUUGAUCCAAGGUACAUGUAUCAUAAGUGAUACUCCUUUAUUUGUACUAUUUGAUUGUGGUACCACUCAUUCCUUUGUGUCUCUUGACUGUGUUAGACGUUUAGGACUACCUGUAUCUCGUUUACGAUAUGAUUUGAUUGUGAAUACCCCAACUAGUGAUUCUGUUGAUACCUCUAGUGUUUGUCUUGACAUUUCUAUCCAUGUCUAUGGAAGGGACUUCCGAGUUGACUUAGUGUGUUUACCUUUGCGUCUGGUUGAUGUGAUUCUUGGUAUGGAGUCAGAAGAGAGGGAUAAGCCUAUCAAUAUAUCCACCAACCAAGUGAAGGCACUCUUGAAAGAAGAUGUUCAAUUAUACAUGAUCCUAGCCUCAUUGGAAUUUAAAGAAAAAGUGGUAAUACGAGAUGUUCCUAUUGUGUGUAAAUUCCCUAAAGUAUUCCCUGAGGAUGUCACUAGUUUACCACUAGAGCGUGAGAUCGAGUUUAGCAUUGACCUUGUACCAGGUACUGGACCCAUAUCCAUGGCACCAUAUAGAAUGUCUCCCUUAAAAUUGUAUGAGCUUAAGAAGCAGUUGGAAGAGCUUUUAGAUAAACAAUUUAUUAGACCUAGUGUUUCACCAUGGGGUGCACAUGUGUUGUUGGUUAAGAAGAAGGAUGGCUCUAUGAGGUUAUGUGUGGAUUACCGUCGACUUAAUAAAGUGACAAUUAAGAAUAAGUAUAUGCUACCUAGGAUGGAUGACCUUAUGGAUCAAUUGAGAGGAUCAUGUGUGUUUAGUAAGAUUGAUCUGAGAUCAGGUUACCAUCAGAUCUGA